GAUAAAAAUAUCUCCGAUCUCAUAGGAAAUUAGACUGCGUUGCAGAGAAUCAUCAGACCAGCCACACCAUAUACCAGCUACUUUAUUAAAACCUCACAAAACAAAGAGAUCAGAUACAUACAACAGAGAUGUUUCAGAUACAUACAGCGGAGAGUGUUUAUGAGAAUAUAAACAUCGAUUGGGCAGAGGAGAUGAAGAGAGAAGAUGGUGAGGAGAUGAAUAUAUAUAUCAAUGCAGACACCAUAAGCAGUCAUGUUGUCAGGACAGAGACAGAGGACACAAAGAGACACAAAACACCUCAUCGUACAGGAAGUGAGUGUGUGAGGAACAGAAACUUCAGAGCAGCUACAGUGUGUUUGGGGGUGCUGUGUGUUCUUCUGCUGACUGCAGUCAUAGUGCUGUGUGUUCAACUCUUUAGAAAGACCAGACAAGACCAGUUUAACACCAAGAAUAAAAACAUAUUUGAAGAGAGAGAACAGCUUCUUACCAAUAAUACUAAACUCACAGAAGAGAGAGACCAGCUACUCAACAACAAUACAAACUUGACAAAAGAGAGGGAUGGAUUAACAAAUGAGAAUCACGACCUAACUAAACAAAGUGAACAGUUCAAUCAGGAGAAGAAUGAACUGCAGAAGACUCUUCGUGAAAUGGAUGGAUGGAUUUACUAUCAAUUCAGUUUUUACUACAUUUCUUCUGAGAUAAAGAGCUGGAAUGAAAGCAGAAGAUACUGUAUAGAGAAAGGAGCAGAUCUGAUGAUCAUAAACAACACAAAGAAACAAGAUUUUCUUAAGGAAAAUUCUGGUAAAGAAAAUGUCUGGAUUGGUCUGACUGAUAGUGAGAAAGAAGGCACUUGGAAAUGGGUGAAUGGCAAAACACUGAACUCUGGGUUCUGGAGGUUUGGACAGCCCGAUGGUCAAAGAACAGAGAACUGUGCUUUAAUUACAUCAUCAGAGGUGCAUGAUUAUCCAUGUAAUGAUGCCUUUAAAUGGAUUUGUGAGAAGAGCAUUUAAAAAUGUCAUUACAUCAAAUACAUGUUUAUUUUGUAAACUGUGAAUAUCCAUAAUUGAAUGUCAUUCAUGAGGACCAGGCAUUAUGAUAAGUGAUUCAAGACAACCGAAAGUCCAACAUGUAACCACAAAUGUAACAAGGCAAAAACAAAACAAAAAAAAAUGUUCUUUUAACAAAUAUACAGUAUUUACAAUAUAUCUAUUAAAUGCUAUUUAAUUAAACAGCAAAACAUCUGUUUUUAAACUGAACAAUAAGUUCAUUAAAGUUUUCAUUAAAUACACUCUAUUUUUCAUUAUUCUGUCCUGCAUUUGAAUGUUUGCAACUAAUGGUUUCAAUGAACUUGACUAUGGAGGAAGGAUAGAAGAUGUUGGGCUUUGAUUUUUACGCAGGGCUCUUGAAUUCUUAAAUGUGAGAAUGUCUGGAUUUUGAUCAUUCGCAAUGAUGAGUAGCAAAAAGUUCAUUCCCUCAUUAAAGAUGUUAAGCACAGAGUUUUGUAAGCUAUU